AACCAAAUGCAACUACGCAGCAUACCAUUACCAGCCCAAUAUGUCUAUUCCAUUAAUUUCCUUGUUUUCUCUCCUAAUCUUGAGUUUUUACCUCCCUCAAAACCAUGCCUUCUCAAAAUCCAUCACAAAAGAAGAAAUGGGGAUUAAACAACGACAAAACUUAACACAUCUCCAUUUUUACUUCCAUGACUACUUUAAAGGGCCUAACCAAAGUGCGUUCCGCAUCGCCCAAGCCCCGAACACGGACAAAACUCCCAGUGGUUUUGGGGCGCUUGUUAUGAUUGAUGAUCCCUUGAAAGAAGGCCCCGAAAACGACUCGAAAACUAUUGGAUAUGCGCAAGGAAUGUAUGGGUUCGCAGACCAAAAGCAACAAGGAAUCUUGAUGGUCAUGAAUUUAGUGUUUAUUGAGGGUCAAUAUAAUGGAAGUACAAUAAGUGUGUUAGGGAGGAAUGAAGUUAUGAGUAAGGUUAGAGAAAUGGGUGUUGUGGGUGGAAGUGGUGUAUUUAGGUUUGCUACAGGGUAUGCACAAGCCAAGACUAUUACAAUGUUGGAUAAAUUUGGUGCUAGUGUUGUUGAAUAUGAUGUUUAUGUUCAACAUUAGUGUGUCCUUUUUUAUUUUUAUUUUUUAAAGUUGAGAACAAAUUGUUAUUUAGUUUCAGUUUGAUACUUGUUUUUCAUAAUGUUUAUGCAAUUGUUUUUGGGAAACUUGUAGUUUAUAAUCCAACCUUUUCCGUUCUUCUACAAAAA